GAAAACAGAAUUGGUGGCACACGCCUUUAAUCCCAGCACUCUGGAGACAGAGGCACUUGGAUCUCUGAGUUUGAGUCCAGUCUGGUCUACAGAGCACAAAACAAGUUCCAGGACAGCCAGGGCUACACAGAGAAACCCUGUCUUCAAAAUCAAAUAAAAACAAAACAUAAAUAUCAGUAUUUUCACAUUUUAAUUAUUCAGUAUAUUCAAGGAACUAUGUUAAUACAUUUUUAUGAAGGGAAGCAUCCUAAUGCUAUUGAUAAUAUAAUUUGUAAUAAUAAGGUAAACUGAAAGAGUUCUAGAAGAAUUUUUUUCAUUAACAAAUGGCAUUAUCCAAAAUCUGGCAAGCCUCACCUUGUGUUCAGGUUCUGAUACACUGUACUAAUGAUGGAAAGAAGACAAAAGUCCAUUAUCUUUAAUGCUAAUUGCUAAGAUGCCCAUCUCCUCUCCAUCAACACUCUGCUUAGAAAUUAUUACAGUAUGCUUCUAAAGCACAAGAUAAGAAAACAUCCUGGCUUCCUCCUUCCCUCUCCAAUAAAAGCCUGGACAAGCUCUCAGUUCCCAACCAGGUUGGCACCAUGGUUGUCCUGGCUUCCUGGGUCUGGGUACUGGUUGGCUGCCUUUCUGCUGCUGUAGCAGAGGAUUCUGGUAUAGCAACCCCAUACCCUCCUCUCUGGGAAGAGAGCCCUGAACAGUUAAGUGAUUACAGGUUUGAGGAUGGAAAACACAUAAUUAACCCAUGGGUAUUCACUGAUAGGAUGGGGUUGUAUAGAAUCCUACUGACUCAGACAGCCACAUAUUUCGCAAGAUAUGGUCCAGAAAAUGAACAAAAUCUUUUGUGGGGAUUGCCUUUUCAGUUUGGAUGGCAGUAUAAAACAGGUAGAUUAGUUGAUCCCACUGGAGGGACAGACUGUGGCUAUGAACCUGGAGACCCUCUGUGUGUGUCUGUGGACAGUUGGUGGGCUGAUGUGAAUUAUUUUUUGAGUGUGAUACCUUUCCUUGCUGCUGUUGAUUCUGGCAUAUUGGGGAUAUCAUCAGACCAAAUCACGAUUUUACCACCACCCCUGGAUCAGUCCAAGUUUUGUUAUGGUGUUUCUGGCUGCCAAGAGCUCGUCGGUGAAACAAUGGACAAGUGGACUGCUUUUUUUAAGUACAUGCAGCUGCCUUCUAGUGACUUUGAUGGCCUUUUGGAGCACUUAUGGACUGCUCAUACCUCGUCUCUGGAGUAUCCUAUUAAUGUCUUUGCAGACAGAUAUGCCUAUUAUUCUGGCCAAGAAGUCAAGUUUGAGGAAAACUGGUCUAUUGCUGUAGAUUACUUAGCUGCGUCCUACCUCCCUACAACCAUGAGUAGAACAUACAGCUUUCAGAAGGGUCUGCCGCCUCGUGUUCUUGUUGACACUGACAUAGCCCCUUUUAUUACCGACUUCACUGCUCUUCAGAACACAGUUCUAGUGUCACUCGCAGCUCUUGGUGAUACUGAUAGACUCACAGGAUCGGCAUCUUUGACUGCCUGGGAAUUUAUCAUGAGUUCAAAAGUUGCAAGGGAACUAUUUCUAAAAGCUUUUGAAGAGUUUCUGGGAACAUCUACUUAAAACAUAAAACUUUUAGUGAACAAUGAACAACUGCCUUUGGCCACAAGCAAUUAAAAAUAAUGAUUCUGAUCACAUUCAUGUAGGCUUAUGCUUUGGGGUUUUUUGCUUGAUGUUCAUUUUUCAGAGUUUCCUCCAUGUAUUCCUAAUAUUAAAUUUAAAUUAAUUUUGCACAAUAAUUCUUGAAUUUUAAACUUUUCGAUAUUUAAUUUUAUAAUAUAAGGAUACUGGUCAAUGACAGUCAAAUCACAAAAAUAUCAUUAAACUGAUAUUAAGCAUG